AUGUCUUCGGCUGAAACUUUCCUAUCCUCAAUUUUUCCUCUACUAGUAUCACUGAACGUGAUAGGCGUAUCGGAUUACACUAGAGACUCAACGAAAACACGUUUGAAACGCAGCAAACUUUUGACGAUCUACAUGAGAAUCAAGUCGUCUUUAGUGUGCGUAUUGGUGAUUUGCGGCAGCUUUUACGGACAGAUUUUCAAAGCUGAAACCGUGAUGGAAUUGUUGAUUUAUAACGUGAUGAAUUACGGAAAUCUCUUCUACGUCUUCACCGUCUACAUACUGAUUACGUGGAACUUCAAGAAGAUUGUACCGUUCUUCGAUGAUUUCGUGAAAAUCGACACAGAACUUGAAUGGUUGUUGAUGAAACCGGUCGAUUACAAAACUACUAUAAAAUCGAUUUACUUAUACUUUGCUGUUUCUUACGCAAUGACUUUUGUAGUGUUGAUCGUUCACGUGGUUAUUGGUACAGGUUUGUGGGAUUUCAUCGCUUACUUAAUUGGAAUUUUGGUGGGAAUUUCGAUGGAAUCUACUCUGUUUAGUAUAUUGAGAGAGCUGCGCCGAAGAUACGAACUCAUCAACGAGUGUUUAAUCAACUUAAGCAGUAAGCAAUUCGAAGAUGCUUUCGAUCGUUUGAAGAGACUCAAACUCGUGUACUUGAAGUUGCUUCAGUUCAGGAAAAUCCUUGGCGAUUUCGCUUUACAAUUUCUAAUCAAAUUCUGCAUGUCCUAUCUACUUUUCUUGUCUGGUUUGUAUAAUUUCUACGUUUUGGGUUUCAAUAAUUGGUUCAGUCAUUUGGUCAUUCUGCUUUGGAGUUCUAAAGAGAUUCUGGGUGCUAUUUACUACUUCGAUUCUGUUACGCAAGAAGUUUUGAAGACCAGAGUUUUGUACGAAGCUGCAAUGAAGACUUACGAUUUAAAUUAUCGUAGAAGAGGAUUGUUUCAUCUUCAGGUGCAAUUCGAGAACAAUUGCUUUUGGAUUUGCGGAUUGUUUCCAAUGAAAUGGAGUUUAGCGUUAAGUAUGAUUGGAAGCAUAGUGAGCAAUUUGGUGAUACUCAUUCAAUUCAAGAAGAUGACCAAUCAUUAA